UUCCUGAAAAAAAAAUUAAUAUCCCAAAAUUACAAAAAUAGGGUUUGAUUAUUUAUUGUUUUCCUAGGUUUCCAUUCACUGAGAAAAUCACAGUUGCUACUCCUUCUCGUUCUCACUGUUAGAAAAUUUUUGUUCAAUUUUUUGCGGGGAAAAAGGGAAUGGCGGCGGCGAUUUCUUCACCGAUGGCUCAGUCCGCGGCUUCCGUGGCUCCGGCUACCGCUCCUGUGGCGGCGGCAUUGGCAGGAGGGCCAUUUUCGAAUGCGUCAUUGUACGUGGGCGAUCUCGAGGGGAACGUGAACGAGACGCAGCUUUAUGAUCUGUUCAACCGAGUGGCUCCUGUGGUCUCCAUUAGGGUUUGCAGGGAUCAGGCCAAGCGAUCCUCUCUCGGUUACGCUUACGUCAACUUUGGCAAUGCUCAAGAUGCGGCGAAUGCCAUGGAGCUUCUGAAUUUCACUCCUUUGAAUGGGAAACCCAUUCGUAUUAUGCUUUCUCAACGAGAUCCAAGCAUUAGGAAAAGUGGAUAUGCCAAUGUGUUCAUUAAGAACCUGGAAACAUCGAUUGAUAACAAGGCAUUACAUGACACUUUUGCUACCUUUGGCACCGUACUUUCUUGUAAGGUGGCUGUUGACAGCAACGGUCAGUCCAAAGGGUAUGGUUUUGUACAGUUUGACAAAGAAGAGGCUGCCCAGAAUGCCAUCAAACAAUUGAAUGGCAUGUUGGUUAAUGAUAAACAAGUGUAUGUUGGACUCUUUGUUAGGCACCAGGAAAGGACACAUGCAAAUGGAUCACCAAAGUUCACCAAUGUGUAUGUGAAAACUUUUUCUGAAACAUAUACUGAUGAGGACUUGAAGAAGCUAUUUAGCCCCUAUGGUACAAUAACUAGUGCAACGGUUAUGAAAGAUAUGAAUGGGAAGUCUAGAUGUUUUGGCUUUGUUAAUUUCCAAAGUCCAGAUUCAGCAGCAAAUGCAGUUGAGAGGUUAAAUGGAACUACUGUCUUGGAUGACAAGGUUUUAUAUGUGGGGAGAGCUCAAAGAAAAGCUGAAAGAGAGGCUGAGCUAAAAGCCAAAUUUGAGCAGGAAAGAAAUAGUAGAUAUGAGAAAUUACAAGGUUCUAAUUUAUACCUGAAAAAUCUUGACGACAACUUCAGUGAGGAAAAGUUGAAGGAUCUAUUUUCUGAGUUUGGAACUAUAACAUCUUGCAAGGUGAUGCUUGAUGCACAUGGGCAUAGCAAGGGGUCUGGUUUCGUGGCCUUUUCUACUCCUGAGGAAGCAAGUAAAGCCUUGAUUGAAAUGAAUGGAAAGUUGAUUGGACAAAAGCCUCUGUAUGUUGCUGUAGCCCAACGCAAAGAAGAGAGGAAGGCUCAUUUGCAGGCUCAUUUUGCUCAAAUCCGAGCACCUGCGGGAAUGGCACCUCUGCCUGCAGGAAUUCCUGGAUAUCAUCCAGGGGCACCAAGACUUGCCCCUCAACAGUUGUAUUUUGGUCAAGGCUCACCUGGCUUCAUACCACCACAGCCUGCUGGAUUUGGUUUCCAGCAGCAAAUCUUGCCUGGAAUGCGGCCUGGUGUUGCUCCAAAUUUCAUUAUGCCAUACCACCUUCAAAGACAGGGUCAGCCUGGGCAGAGGAUGGGUGUUCGACGAAAUGGAAACCUUCAACAGGUGCAGCAGAAAUUAAAUUUUUUAAAGCAGAUGCUACAUCGAAACUCCGAUCAUGGGUUUAGAUAUAUGGCUAAUGGUCGAAAUGGCAUGGAUCCAUCUGUAGUUCCUCAAGGUCUAGUGGGACCAAUCAUGCCAAUGCCCUUUGAUGGUUCAGGAGUUACUGCAGCUCCUAUUGAUAAUCAGCGUCCUGGAGCAUCAUCCACCACACUUGCCUCAGCUUUGGCUUCUGCUACCCCAGACAAUCAGCGUUUGAUGUUGGGUGAACAUCUAUAUCCCCUUGUGGAACGCCUUACAUCAAACCAACAUACAGCAAAGGUGACGGGGAUGUUGCUGGAAAUGGACCAGUCAGAGGUAAUUCAUCUCAUUGAAUCUCCUGAGGACCUGAAGAUAAAGGUGUCUGAGGCAAUGCAGGUCCUUCGUGAAGCUGCAUCAGGAUCUGAAGUUGGUGAUCAGCUUGGCUCGUUAUCAUUGAAUAAAUGAAGUGAUCUCAGUUGUUGUGGUAGAUAUGUUGCAUCUUGUCAUAUGUGAGCCACUUUUUUGAAAAUUAAUGAGCUUAGUAUUAUUUCUGGGGGGGUCUGCCAUUUUAAUUUUUAUCAGGAUCACAUUUUCUUUUUGCAGGAUUAUUGAUUUAUGAGUUGAUACAGAGGGAUUCAAGGAUUUGUUUUGUUAGUCAUUUUAGCAGUUUCAUUUUAGUAUUUUUAAACUAUUUUAUGAUAUUAUUUCAUUUAGGACUGAGUUGGCAGUAGAUUAUCUAGUUUGUUAGCCA